AUGGCCGUUGUCGAAAAUAAUACGCCGUUCCAGGUGCCAUGUCCAAACGAAUCACACACAAUUCUCGAGCCGUUUGCAGUGUUCGAGCCUACGGGAGAAUCAUCUGGGGCCUUAGUCAUCCUUAAUACAAACUUGGACAAGAUCGCGCUUCGCGAUAUCUGGAGACACUCUCUGGUUCGUGUCUGUGCCGAUGGUGGUGCCAAUCGGUUGUAUGACUUUUUUGAUUCGGAAAAUGAACGAGAGAAGUAUCUCCCCGAUUACAUCACUGGAGAUUGCGACUCGUUGAGAGCAGAUGUAGAGAAGUACUACGUUUCGCGGGGUACCAUUCUCAUCAGACAGUUGAGUCAGUACUCGACUGACUUCAUGAAGUCGAUCAAAGUGGCUCUUUUGCAUGCUAGUGGGGAGUCAGGACGGCGGGCGUUGGCUGGUCCAAUUGAGAGCAACAAUGGGUUGAGUGAUCUUAUGUCGGAGGUUUGCCCGCUGCCGGAGAUCUCCUUGUAUGUUGCAGGCGGCAUUGGUGGUCGUUUUGACCAACUGUUCCAUCUGAUCAAUCAACUCUAUACCCUGACAAAAGAAUACCCAGGGAUGGCCAUAUUUUUCUAUACCGAGACAGAUGUCAUUUUUUUAAUACCCAAGGGUGUGAACUACGUGAAAUACUCCAGUGUUCUGAUCUUUAACACGCUCGAAUUGCUUCCUAGAUGUGGCCUUCUUCCGUUUGGAAAGAAUGUCAUUUUGAAUACACGCGGAUUGCAGUUUGAUGUGGAAAAUUGGCCUAGCACUGUUGGGGGCGAUGUUUCCACCAGUAAUGGUAUUCUGGGUAAAGAUGGCUUUGUGAUCUGCACCAGUGAAGACAUUGUUCUAUCUGUCGAGGUCAGCAGGUAG